AUGGACAGGAGACGGUGUAUACACAAAAGAAACGCAGACUUCUACUACAGCUGCCACAAGACUAAACACUGUUUUGGUGUGGGCUUCCUAGUUAUGAAGGAUUUUAAGGCAAUAAAUGAACGAAUCGGAGUUUUACGAGUUAGAGGAAGGUUUUUCAAUCUAUCAAUAAUCAACUGCCAUGCACCUACUGAAGAAAAGCCUGAUGAAGAGAAGGAUACAUUUUAUGGAGAUCUUGAGAGAGCGUAUAACGCAUGCCCAAAACAUGACAUUAAAGUUCUAAUGGGAGAUAUGAAUGCUAAAAUAGGACGGGAAGAAAUCUACAAACAGCAAGCGGGUUCUCACAGCCUACAUAAUGAAUCCAAUCUGAACGGAAUAAGACUUAUCAACUUCGCUGCAUCUAAAGGAAUGGUGAUAAGCAGCACAUCCUUUCCCAGGAAAAAUACCAUAAGGAAACAUGGGUCUCCCGGAUAUGUCUACAUAUAA